CAGAUAGGUAAAUAAACGCAACCUCUCUAUUGCGACACUGUAUGUAGCACUAUGCUAACUAGAUGAGAAUGAAAUCAAAUACAUUGUACAUGCGGAGGGAAAAUACCUCUUUAUCUCACAUUCACUCAGAUAUCUUCAUAGUUUACACUAAAAGAAGUACAUGAUAAUCCCAGAAACUACAGCGAGCCUAAAAUGAAUUCAUGAUGGUAGAAUGACAGUCUCAGUCAACAUUCACUUUCAUUGUAUGGAGAAAAAAAAACAUGCUGAUGGUCAAAUGUACUCUGCUCACCAAAAUGAUUUUUGUGCUGCUCCAAAGGAGAAGCCUGUCGCAGCUAAACAAGACUUUAUCUAGUUAGCAUCUGCAUUGAUGUGGACGCUUUCUCUGUGGAGAUGGAGGAGGAGGAUUUGAAAUGUAUGAGGCAGCAGGAUGCCAGAACCUCUCUUCCUCAGUUUGAGGAUGAAAGGCCUCUCUUUCACAGUAAUCAGACGCCACCUGGUCCUUCUGAGCCAUUUCUGCUGUCAGGAAGUGAUGUAAAGGUUCCAUUCACCAUCAAUCGUUAUUUACGUGACUACCAGCGAGAAGGCAUAAAAUUCAUCCAUCACAACUAUGCCAAAUCUAGAGGAUGCAUUUUAGGUGAUGACAUGGGUCUUGGAAAGACUGUUCAGGUCAUCGGCUUCCUGGCUGCAGUUCUGCGGAAAACGGGUACAUGGAAAGACGUCGAAAACAAUAAGCCACAGUUUUUGCUGUCACAGAAGCCAUCAGAACAAGUUCAGAAGGUUUUCCUUAUUGUGGCUCCGCUCUCUCUUCUCUACAACUGGAAAGAUGAGUUAGACACGUGGGGUCAUUUCAGAGUCGUGGUCGUGCAUGGUGUGAGGAAGGAGGAAGAACUGGCGCGAGUGCAGAGAGGAAGAUGUGAGAUUGCUCUUACAACUUAUGAAACCCUUAGACUCUGUUUGGACCAGUUUAACAGUAUUGAUUGGGAUGCCGUUUUCGUUGAUGAAGCUCACAAAAUAAAGAACCCUAGGUCCCAGAUCACUCAGGCCAUGAAGGACAUGAGAUGCAAAGUGAGGGUUGGACUAACAGGAACAAUCCUUCAGAACAACCUGGAGGAAUUGUGGUGUGUUAUGGACUGGGCCAUUCCAGGAUGUCUGGGUUCUCCCGUGGGUUUUAAAACCAGGUUUUCAGACCCCAUUGAGCUUGGACAAAAGCACACCGUGACCAAAAGAGCUCUAGCAGAAGGCCGUAAAGCAGUUCAGGACCUUGCCAAAAGCCUCUCACACUGGUUCCUCAGGAGAACAAAGGCCCUCAUCAGUGACCAGCUACCUAAGAAAGAUGAUCGAGUGGUCUAUUGCUCUCUCACAGACUUCCAGCGGAAGGUGUAUCGUGCCGUGCUGGACACAGACGAUGUGACCCUGUUGUUGCAGAGCUCAGGAAAGUGUCGCUGUGGCAGUGGCCGUCCACGGAAGAAGUGCUGCUACAAACUGAACGCAAACGGUGUGCCAGUUAGAUACCUGUACUUCAGUUAUCUGACUAUCCUCAGAAAGGUGGCCAAUCACGUCGCACUACUGCAGUCCAAAGAAGGAACCAGCAAAAAACAGGAGAAAUAUGUUACAGCCAUUUGUGAACAAGUUUUUAGGAAAUUUCCAGAUUUCAUAGGGAGGUGCAAACAAGCAGCCUUUGAAGCAAUGUCUGACCCCAUGUACAGUGGAAAAAUGAAGGUUCUGCAAAAGCUACUCAACCACUUUAUCGCAAAGAAAGACAAAGUUCUACUCUUCUCUCUCUCCACCAAGCUGUUAGAUGUUCUAGAAAGCUAUUGCAUGGCCGAGGGUCUGGAGUACCACAGACUGGAUGGAAACACCAAGUCUAAGGACCGAGUUAAGAUAGUGAAAGAGUUCAACAGCUCUCGGGAUGUCAACCUGUGUCUGGUGUCUACCCUGGCGGGUGGGCUUGGCCUCAACUUCGUUGGAGCUAAUGUUGUCGUGUUGUUUGAUCCAACGUGGAAUCCUGCCAAUGAUCUUCAGGCUAUUGACAGGGUGUAUCGUAUUGGCCAGUGCAGGGAUGUGACCGUUUUUAGACUUAUCUCUUUAGGAACAGUAGAGGAGAUCAUAUACCUGCGCCAGAUUUACAAACAGCAACUUCAGUCAUCAGUCAUAGGCCGGGAGAAUGCUAGACGCUACUUUGAAGCUGUUCAGGGAACCGAUGGCCAGGCAGGAGAGCUGUUUGGCAUCCAAAACCUUUUUCGUCUGCAGACUGAUGGCACCUGUCUUACUCACCGCAUCCUGGAGAGGGAGGGCCGAGUGGAGGUGGGGAUCACGACGGCCAGAACUCAAGCUCUGGACGAGAGAUUGCAGGAGCCAGAUCUUCAGUCUACUGAGAGAGCAGCUGGAUCAGCUGGUGCUGGGUUCAAACCUGCAGGGGUGCUGGACUUCAGCAGUGCAAGUGAGGAUGAAGAUCCCUGCUGCUCCAGGCCCAGGUCCUCAGAAGCACACACAGGAGAAGUGGGGGGAGCUGGCACUGCCUGCAUUGGCAAUACGGGCCUGUAUGGUCUGCUCCAGAGACAGUUGGCUCAGAGAGAACGGCAGGAGACAGACAGUGACAAGGACUCUAGUAGUCAGGAUGAGGACAACUGUGAAAAACCCACCAUGAUUAAGGGACAAACAUCUAAGACACGGGAUCUGUUCGUUGAACCCAAGGAAAUGUUGGAGGGAGUCGCUGAUAGUAAACAGCAGAAAAAAUCACCAGACCUUGAUCUCCUUCCAACAAGUUCACAUAAACACAACAAAGACAGCGUGACCGCUUGCGAGAAUCAUUUGCAAAAAAGGGUGAAGUUUGCAGAAAAAAGAUCUGGAGAUAAAAGUUUGACCUCAUCUGAAGAUGAAGUUCCCCAAGAAGGCAUGAGAUGUAUGAAGGGUUCUUCUCCUCAGGACAAUAAAUCAGCUGACAGAUGGUCCUCUGGGAGGGACAACUCUACUCAAAGAUCUUUGGGCAUAAAGAGCCGAAACUCAGGAUCUGACAAAACCCGAUCCAGAGAUGAAGAAAUGCCUGGAACACUGGACUCCUUAUUAGGUGGUCUUCAGCAAGUGAGCUACACUCACUCUAAUCAGAAGGUAGUGGGCUCCAGCAGAGCAGAAGACCGCCUGAGCCAUGCUGCCGUACGAGAUGUGUUUGAACUCAACAAGCACUCGCAGCUUCUUGCAAACCAGCUUCCAGACUCAUCAGAGAGCCAGUCAUCUGAUCCCGCACUACUCCCAGAUCGUGUUGACGGAGAUCGGACGCUGCAGGAAUAUGGCAGACCCCACAAUGAACAUCCGGUCAAACACAACAUCAAAACCUCUUACAGCCUGAACAAUGUCACUGUCAUAGUGGGAGAGACGCCCAGCAGCAUGUGCAGACAGCAGUUUGAAGACAUGGCUCAGGUCUUUGGAUUCGACUCUGUGCGGGCCUUUGCAGAAGAGAUUCUGAAGAACGAUUCGGAGCAGAGACUUAGUCGAUUACGGAGCUUCUACAGCCAGAAGAGCCCUGAACUUAAGAACAUCAUCAGAAAGACCUUUCCUAAAGCCAUCGAGCCAGAGCCAUCACCUCCAUCUACAGCCAGACAAAGACCUACCUCAAAAAGAGCCCACCCAAUCUCCUCUCUUAAAACUCUAGCUGAGGUGCCAACCCCUGAGGUUGAGGAUGGAAGUAAAGCAUCAAAGAAAAAGAAAGUGGGUGAAACCGAAACCUCUAAGGUUCAUUGCAGUACAGACCUCACAAACAAUAAAAAUAAGAUGCCCUCCCCAGCCAAAUUCUCAUCAUCCACUUCUGGACAUGUUCCUCAAAGGAGCUGUGCACCAGUAGAAGAAAGUAAAACCAACAUAACUACUUCCUCACAAGCUUUCAAGGACAUGGAAUACCCUUCACGGUCAUCUCGUGUCUCCACAGAUGCUUGUGUUGCAUCAAGCUCAACCAAGACCAACAGCUCCUCCCAAAUUACUGACCUUAUAGGUGACAUAUCCAUCCUGGAUGACUUGUUCAAGUCUAAGAGGAAAACUGGGGACCAAGCUAGAGAUGUGAAAGCAUCCACAUGCACAGAAAGAGCAAAAAGUAAAGGGAAAGACUUUUGGGACAUUUUGAAUGAAGGAAAUGAGGAGAGCAUUAACAAACUCACAGAUCUGACAGAGGUGGAGAAGAUCUGUAACAGUGCCAGUGUCUCUGCAAAGUCCAAGAGUAAUCAGAAUACAGAAAGCUCGCAGCUUUGGAAAAAAAAUGAGAAAUUUCUCUGGAAACGAUAGUUUUCAAAUUCAUUCAACAACGUGUUUCUUUUAUAUUUUAAUUUAUAUUUUUCUCAAUGUUAUAUUUUAUUGCAAGUGCAGGCUUUUUAAGUUUAUUUGUUUUUAUUUCUUUUUCAUUUAAUUUUUUUUAUGUGUUUUUUUCCCCUCGGGAUUCAAUAGGUUUCACAGAAUAAUUGAUUGUCAGUUAAUGCUUUUAUUCAUUUUAUUAAUUAUAUUAGAGUUGAUGUUUUAAUGAAGGCACAAGGAUGCAAUUUAAUUUUUUCCCAUAAAAGGAGAAUUUAGAUUAAAAAAAAAAAAAAAAAAAAUGAAAAAAAAAAAAUUACAAUAAAGUAACAUUGACAAAGAUGGUUCAUUGGUGGUGUCAUUACAUAUUUUGAAAUUUUUUAUUUUAUUUCCUUAAAUAUUUUGCAGUAUUUAUAUUGGAACUUUCCUGUUUUCUCACACAACUUCAUCUCGUUUUGUUUCAGGCAGCUAAAUGGCUUAAAUAGUCUGUGGUCUUGGACCUCAGGCCAAAAAGUGGUGUAAAUAGUUUUGAAGAAGUAGUGUAAUUGCUUUGAUGAAGUGGCAUGAAUCUCUCUCAUGGAAGCUUAAGGCCGCUGCUGCUCGUUUCAUCUCGUCUGCUGUGAGUCGCAGAGCUCAGUGCCUGUUGUUGUCCUCAUUACAGCUGCAUUUUAAGUCUUGGAAGUGCAUUAGCGGUGGCACUACGAGAGAAAUGACAUGUGUGACCUGCAGCUGUCUUCUCACAUCACUCGGCUGUUGCACUGAGGUAGACAGGCGGAUUAUGGGUAGGAUUUUCACUCUUGAUCUUCUCUUAAAUGCUGAAAUUAGAAAGUGUUGAUAGCCAUUAAUUCAAACCAAGACAAGUUGGGGCUACAACAGGACACUUCAGACAGCCUCCAAACUUCUGGGAGGUAGAACAAGGAUGGCAUAUUGUCUUCACGCAACAUUUGCCGCAAUUGUCCGGGUGGUUGGUUUACAAAGAAUGAUAAUACCUUCCUGAGAGCGGCAGAUUCUUAUCUGUACAGUAAAGGCCUUUCAUAAUGCACUAAAGGAUAGGGUGGACUUACAGCUAGAACCGGUUUCUAAAUUAAUCUUCAGUCCUUACUGUAUGUUCCUGAUCAUCAGUAGCUACUGAAGAUAAUUGGUUUGUCAUUUAUGUGGAUUUUUUUAAUUUAUUUAUGUAAAAUUUACUGGAUUAUUUCAAGUCAGCAUAUUAAAAUGAUUUCUGAAUGAUUAUGUGACACUGAAGACUGGAGUAAUGCAGGAAUAAAUUACAUUUUAUAACAUGUUAAAAUAGAAAAGUUGUUUUAAAUUGUAAUUGUAAUAAUUUUUUUUUUUUUUUUAACCGCAGCUUUAAGAGACAAAAAAGAUGUGCACAAUUGAUGGAAUUAUUUAACAGCAUUUGUAUAGAAUCUUUGCAUUUAUUAUGUUUUUUGUAAAUAUUAGAAUAUUACUUAUAAAUAAAUCUCAUAGCUACAUCAAAUAAUUUAUAUCAUAGGGGCUUUUUGCUGCCAAGAAAGGUUGAGAAACCCUGAUUUAGUCUAUAUGUGGCUUUGAAUUAGUAAAUUGAAACUGAAAUGUUUUAAUCAAUUUCUGCUAUAUGCAAACUCAGGAACUGAAAAUAUAUGACAUCUGCUUCCCAUUACACGAAGCACCUUCAUCCUGUUAUUUCUCCAUGUUACACAAAGAGAUAUUCAGAAAUAACUCUGAAUUUGCUUGUUUUAGUGGUACCUCCAUCAGCACUGAAGUUCAGUCUGGAGCAGGUAGAACAAGCUGUUUGUUUUUCCUGAUACAAUAAGACUGCAGUGCAGUCACACAAAGCUAUGAGAUCGGUCUGCUGCUGAAUCUCAUUUACUUUGCUUAUUUUUCAAUGUCACGGGGCGAUUUGAUUUGAUUUGUCAGAGUGUGCAAACUAGCACAAGCCCAACCUCUGUCCAGAUUGAUGAAAAGGUCAGCUUUCAUUUAGAUGCCAUUCUGUUUGAUGAAGAAAAGCAUUGACUGAAUCAUGAAAGGUUUUUUUUUUAUUAAUAUUUUGGCCAACUUGUCCUCCACAAUAUUUGAUACUGAUGAUGCUUUGUCGGUUGUUAGGAUGUCAAAAUGUAAUAAAAAUGUUUUAGGGAAGCUGCUCUG